CUUUAUUGUUACAGCUCUACGAUUCGCUGCCCCCAUUUCCAACGACUUCGCGGCGACGGCGGGCGAUGGGAACGCCGUGGACUCUCUUCGAUCCGUAUCUCCUCCUCUUUUCUCUGGUGCUGGUCGCAGUGUUUGGCGUCGCCGCUUUCUUCCUCGAGCACAUGAGAAGGAUCGGUUGCAAACAUUCACUUGAAAGAACCGCUUCUUCGGAUGAUUUCUUCGAAGAUCCGAACUCCCUGAAGAAGGUCCGUUGUCCCUCUGUAUUUGAUCAAGCUGAAAAGUACAUAUCUCUGAUUAUUCCUGCAUUCAACGAGGAGCAUAGGCUUCCUGGAGCUUUCGCUGAGACCAUUAACUAUCUCCAAAAACGUUCAGCCUCAGACAAGUCCUUUUCGUAUGAGGUGUUGAUUGUUGAUGAUGGGAGCAGUGAUCGGACAUCAAAUGUAGCUUUUGAUUUUGUUAGGAAAUACAAGAUUGAAAAUGUAAGGGUUUUAAUUCUUGGGAGAAAUCAUGGAAAAGGUGAAGCUAUAAGAAAGGGAAUGCUACAUUCACGUGGUGAAUUACUCCUUAUGCUUGAUGCUGAUGGAGCAACCAAAAUAACUGACCUGGAAAAGCUCGAAUGUCAGAUUUGCACAUUAGCCGAGAAGGUUAAAGAAUUGAAUCCCGAUGAUCAGAGUUUGAAGUUAUCUGAUAUUGAAGUUGCUGCAUUUGGUUCUCGCGCUCAUCUGGAGAAACAGGCUCUUGCCACGAGGAAGUGGUACAGGAAUCUUCUCAUGAAGGGCUUCCAUCUAGUUGUUCUGUUGACUGCCGGUCCUGGAAUCCGUGAUACUCAGUGUGGCUUUAAGAUGUUCACACGAACUGCUGCCAGGAGAUUGUUCACAAAUAUGAGACUAAAAAGGUGGUGCUUUGAUGUUGAGCUGGUCUACUUAUGCAAGCAUCUCAGCAUACCAAUGAUUGAGGUCUCUGUUAACUGGUCUGAGAUUCCAGGAUCCAAAGUGCGCUUGACUAGUAUCAUUCACAUGCUUUUUGAGCUUAUUCUGAUUCGACUGGGUUAUGGGUUAGGCAUAUGGAAAAUACACACCUGAUAUGUGUAUCAUCUCUUGAAAGGAGGGUAGGAUAUCUUCCAAUUCUCUUGGUGAAAACACAGAUGGAGUUAGCAGGAAUGAAGAACUUGUGACAUGGUGCCUGCGCCAUUUUGUCAACCUGGCACUCCAAAUGAAUCUGUUAACACUAACUUUUUGCGGCUAUUUUAAGCAUCUGAGCAUCUGUUCUUUUGAGGGAUUCUUUCUGAAUCAUGACUUUCUACAUCAAGAAAUUUUAACUUGAAAGAGCAGCAUAAUUUCAGUAUAAUGCACUUGAUUUA